UUCUUCAACAACUGCAGCCACCUCGGUAGCUCGCUAGCCAACAAAGUCGGAACAUUCAAGUUCUUUAGACAAUUUCGUGGUUUAUUUGCCACUAUGAUUUAAACAUACUUAUGUGGGAACAACUAGCUACUCCAUUUAAUUGAAUAUUUACGUUGGAAGUCAACUAGCUGGCUGGUUAAGUUAACACUCGUCUAUUCGCUAAUGCUAACUAACUAUUAUCUCCGACCAUGAGUUCACUAAGCUACUCUCCUCCUGCUAAAGACGAGGCGGUCUGCUGGACGGAGAAAGAAGCUCUCGUGAAAGAGGAGGACGAAGAGGUGGCUAUUACAAUACACAAACAAGUAGAGGGUGAGGCUGUUACAGUGAAAGAAAAAGAAAAAGACGCCUUCAGAGUGAAAGAGGAGGAGGAGGAUGUUACAGUGAAAGAAGAGGAAGAAGAUGCAGUUUUUGGAGUGGAGGAUGAAGUGAAAGAAGAUGAAGACGUUUUUGGAAUGAAGGAUGAAGAGGGGGAGAUUACUGUCACAUUAGAGGACGAAGAAGAGAAGACUGGAGAUCUGAUUAACACCAGUAAAUACAGAGAGAGAAGUGACUAUCGAGGAUCCUCUGGGGAGCCUCAACAACCUCAUGAUGCUGACGAGGCAAAGAAAAGUCUCAAGAAACACCCGCGGAGACCCACAAGGAAGAAAACUCACCGCUGCUCUGACUGUGGGAAGAGUUUUGUUUCUUCAGGACAUUUAAAAUCACACCAGAGAACACACACGGGAGAGAAACCUUAUAGUUGUGCUCAAUGUGGGAAGAGAUGCACUCAGUCAACAGACCUUAAAAAACAUGAGAGAAUACAUACAGGAGAUAAACCUUAUAGCUGCUCUGACUGUGGAAAGAGUUUUGUUUUUUCAGGACAGUUAAAAUCGCACCAGAGAACACACACGGGAGAGAAACCUUAUAGCUGUGCUCAAUGUGGGAAAAGAUUCACUCAGUCAACAGACCUUAAAAAACAUGAUAGAAUACAUACAGGAGAGAAACCUUACAGCUGCUCUGACUGUGGACAGAGUUUUGUUUUUUCAGGACAGUUAAGAUUACAUCAGAGAACACACACAGGAGAGAAUCCUCAUAGAUGUUCUCAAUGUGGGAGGAGUUUUACUCAGUCAAGCAGCUUGAUAGUACACCAGAGAACACACACAGGAGAGAAACCUCAUAGCUGUGAUCAAUGUGCGAAGCGUUUUGUUUCCUCUAGCACUCUGACUACACACCAGAGAACACACACGGGAGAGAAACCUUAUAGCUGUAAUCAAUGUGGGAAGAGUUUUUCUCAGCCAAACGGCCUGAUAGUUCACCAGCGAGUACACACAGGAGAGAAACGUCAUAGCUGUGAUCAAUGUGACAAGAGAUACUCUGAUAAAAGAUCUCUGAUCAAACAUUGGAAAACACAUACAUGAAGGAGUUGUUUCAUGAUAUCAAUGAAUUAAUGUCACAAUGUAGAAUGUAAAUGUAAAUGCAUCACUCUAAAAUGUAGCUGACUGUCUUCUGCAGGUUAUCCUCUAAUCAGUGAGGUAAAAUAUAUCUCACAUUUCCAUGUGUUUUUUUCAAAAGUUGUGUUAUUUUCAACAGCACAUACAACCUGAUUUCCCCACUAAUUGAUAUCAGUGAUUUAUUGUGAUUUAUGCAGCCAACUGACAAUUUUUGGGUACAAUUAUAUUGACAUUGUUGCCCUGCUUUUAGAAUAUCAGGGGUAAUUUUCUGAUGUGCCAACUCAAAUGUACUAGAGCAUGACAUUGGGGACUGGGCCCCGAACCAACAACAGUGAACCCUGAAAAGAGAGAGAAGCUCCGCAGUGAGGUGAAAAGUUACUACGGAUAUUGCAGGAGUUUCCUUUUGAAAUCAGACAUGUCCGUGGUAAGGGCAACUUGGUUGGUGAUUGUCUCAAGGGUGGGAAGUCAAAAAGUUUCUUGUUUUGCGUUUAGGCAGUGAGUUGCCAUGGAUGACAAUUUAUUUCGACUGCACGUUUUUCCUGUAUUGGAGAUUAGUUUAGUUUGGGCUCGUUCCAAGGGGACGAGAGUUCUAGAAGCUAGUGAGUUUUAGGAAGACGAGAGUUCUAGAAACGAGUAGGGGAAAAAUACUUUUUUUCUUCUUUUUAAUUUUUGACAGCCAGUAGACGCCAUGUUUAUAUUGGUGAAGGUGAAGCAUUGUAGUUGAUUAUAAUGUGAAAUUGUUGUUUUCUGUUGGUGGUAAGCAUUCUCUUAAGGUGUUACAGUCUUUGGUUUUUCCCAUUUAUGUUUUGAGGUUUGGAUUUUAGCACGUAUAGCUUGUUAGCAUGUCAGCGCACGGAUUGGAGUCACCUCGUUAGUCAGUAUGUAUUACACCUGUGCUGGCUUGUCCAUCUCGUUAGUGGGAAGGUGUUUCACCUGAGCUGGUCCAGGUGCUAUUUAUGAGUGUCUGGCCCAGUGCUCCAGUUGUCUUGAUAGAUGUGGAGAGUCAACAACUUUAGAUGCGCUACCGUUUUGGUUCGUUUCUUGUUUUUAAGUUUGUUGUGGGUUUUUCUUUUGUUUGCCGCUUCUUGUGCAGAUUUAGUGGGUCUCAUGAUGGGGGACUUUUAUGUCCCAGUUGUUGUUACUAGUCAACUUUCAGUGAACACUGAGAGCAAAAGUACAAGAUUAUGUUAUAAUACUUUUAUUGCAUCAAAUGGUGGUUUUAUGCAACAGAAUAGAGGGGUCUUAUAACUAUUGCGUCUGUGUUCUACUGACGAUGGGCCUCUGGGAGAUAACACUGACAGUAGAUUUACAAUGUCUUUUGAGUGAUAAAACCUAAAGAGACCGCAUUCCAGAGCAUGAGUUAAUGUUUCUGUUCUAUAUGGUAUCAGGGAGAGAUGACCCCAGGGCCAGACCCUGGUCUCUACACAAAGAGUACUGUUUUUACAGCAGAUACUGUCUGCUGAGAAUUAUAACUAUCUUUUAUACAAAUCUUAACCUUGUGACCCAUUCUAUACAUCUGUUGUUCGUCAUUUAGAUUGAAAGGGGUGUAUCUUGGCUGUAAAAGAACUUGGGACUUUUGUCUCAGGGCUCUCAAUGAAUCAUCUGGGGGUGAUUUAUCGACCAGCCAUCGUUAUCGUAGAGCACUCAAUUGAUUCACUUUAUAUGUGUACGUUGUAUUGACUUGCUCCCUUAUUAUUAAGUGAAUAAAGAUUUAGUUUAAGUAUAA